CGUCACCGACUCUUCGGGGUUUUGCAUUUCCCAGACUUCUUGGGGGAUCAGAUCAUGACUUUCUCCUGAUGAUUUGCCAGAAACGGCCUCUAUGCGCAAAUUACCAAAUCUGCCAUGUUACUCCAAGGGGUUCGAAUCUAUGAUGCUACAAGGUCCACCAAAUCCCAGCCAAAUGACACAGUCUUUCAACGAAAACCUUACUGUUAGCCUGAUCGACUCUUCGGAAUGCUUGGCCGAUGGGGGGAGGACUGUGCCUCUUACCCCGGAUUCACCUCGACCAGGUCAAAGUCGCCGGCCGGCUGUCGAAAUCUCCGACCUUAUGAAGGCUCGAAUGAGCUCUAAUGCCCUGAAGGCUCACAUUGAAACCAAGACGCGGGCGUUUACUGGAAGAUUCAGCACAGACAUCAUAGGCUGAGUUGCGGGCGCUCGUCGUUAUAUGUAAGCAGAUUAGAAAUGCGAUAAUGGCGGCGCCGUGCCUCAAACCAUGGCGUCUCUAGGUCAAACGCCGCCAAUAUCAUUGCGGCUUCACAGACCUCACAGAAUGGCUGGAAACAGCCAGGUGUUCUUGCGUACGCCGAGUACCCGACGUCUUCUGGCCCUGUAGGGCGGAGCGAUUUAGGGCUGCCUGCACGAGACGCAUAGGUCAC